AGCCUGGGAMGGUCCCACCCAGCAGCAGCCUUAUUUUCUGCACAGGGAGCAGGAAGGCUGGCAGUCAGGCAGCUGGUCUGCAUGCAGGUAAAUAUUUGACUGGGUAUUUGCCUGUUGGGUGCGGGGAAGAGACUUGGCGAGGACACCAGCCCAGAGGAAGCAGUCAUAACCAGGAGCCYCAAGAACAAUCCAGAGACACUUCGUCCGCUAGUGCAUCGCCCACCCGGGCUUCAGGUGGCCCSUUACCAGCCAGAUGUUCACUGCAAACGCAAGGACCAGGCAGCUAAAUGGCACCUGCACMAGCUCAGUGGACAUGGAGCUCUUUCUCCAUUACUCCCUCAUCCCAUCACUUUUCAUCAUUUUGGUCUUGUCCCUCCUACAAAGACGAGAGCACUGUAGACAGACAGACGACACCUCCUACCUCCUGGGAAACCACUUUGGAAUCAUCGUGCCUCUGGACUUYGUGGGGACUUUCAGUAACCGGUGGUCCUAUGGAAUCGCCUUUGGGGCCACAGCCAAUAAGAUCAUGUUCUUGUUCUCAGAAGGCUACCAGCCCCUGCAGGUCCCGCAGUGGGCCCAAGCCUUUGUGCUUCUGAUCGGAGGCUUCGAGGUCGGCCUGUCCUUCUUCCCCUUCUUCGCCUGCCUCUCGUCCGAGUUCCGGCUGACCAGCUCCAUCCUGGGCUUCUGCUACUCCCUGCUCUGGUUUGUUGUCACUGUUCUUCAAAUCUCAGAGUGUCCCAAUGGGCAGUUUGUGGGGAGGUACGAGACCCUGCUCUUCUACUGGCCCUCCCUGCUGUGCCUGGCUUUCUUGCUGGGCCGCUUCCUGCACAUGUUCGUCAAGGCUCUGAAGGCCCACCUGGGCUGGGAGCCCCACGCGGAGGAAAAGCCCCUGCUGGAAGCUCACCAGGCCGAGCAYGUCAAACAGCUCCUGAGGAAGGCCUGCCCACGAGAGAGAAAAAAGUCUUGGUUCCAAACCAGGGUAUAUGACUGGGACCCCUGUUUUCAAUUCCCAAGCAGAAUGGUUGGAACUAUCAUCUUGGCUUUCAUCUGCCUGUACCUUUUCAUCAUCAUUGAGUUCUGCAUGUUCGUGUUCGUGAGAGACAAGCUGGAUGUGUUUGAAGGCAAGCUGGAGAGUUAUGUGGCCUUAAUGAAUGAGACGGGGACCCUGACCCCAGUCAUCUUGCAGGUGAAGGAGCUGAUCAGCGUCUCCAAAGGAGUCUGGGUGGCUACCAUUUUGCCUGCAUCUCUCACGAGUGUGAGCUAUCUGUUCCAUAUUUUGGCCUGUUACAGAAAACACAUGAAGAGGCUGUGGGCAGGAGAUAAACACUUUCUCCCUUUGCGGUUCCACAAUCCUUCUCCGUCCGAGAGUGUGGUGGCCAUUGCAAGGUACUCCGGCUGGCAGAUAGCUUACAUCCUGUGGGGCUACCUCAUCAUCCAUGUGAUGCAGAGCCUGUGUGGCCUGAUGAUCAUGUAUGGCCUGGUGCUGCCUGUCACCCACCACAGGGGCCUGGAGAUGCUCCGAAGGCUGGGACUUGGGAUCCUCACCAUCUCCAUCAUCUUGGGCCUCAUGAUCCUGCAGAUGUGGAUUGCCGCCAGCUUCUUCCUGCAGCCCAAGCUGGGCCCAGGGGACAAGCAGAAGCCCUUGGCUCUCAAUAACAGGAAAGCCUUCCACAACUUCAACUAUUUCCUGUUCUUCUACAACGUGCUGCUGGGCCUGGGCGCCUGCCUCUCCAGGUUGCUCAUCAGUUGCAUCCUGGGCACAUGGCUGAUUGCGCGCAUCGACAGGACCAUCAUGCAGAGUGGCUAUGAGGGAGCAGACAUGGGGUUCAGCGCGUGGAUCGGCAUGCUCUAUGUGGACCAUUAUCACACCAACCCCGUGCUCGUCAGCUUUUGCCACAUCCUGCUCACAGGCCACAGGGAGAGGAAGCUGCAGAAGGCCAUCAAAUACUGGUGCCUGGACCAAUCAGCAGGUCCCCGCAUCUCAGCUAGGUCCAGGACGAGGUGGCGCCUGCUGCAGACCCUGAUCAACAACCCCAGACUCAUCAUGCUCAGAAAAUCAAAAUCAGGACAUGGUUCCCAGGAGUUUACCCAGAUUCUGUUGACGUGCUCAGAGAGCUAACACUGGCUACCCACAUCUGCUCCGAGGCCAGGUCAGGUCRUCUGCUCCUGAGAGAAGGCUCAGGCUAACCAGCAGCUGUUCCCUGUGAUGGGAGGGGGCGGCACAGGCACUGUCCAUGCACAUGGCAGACAGCAUUGUGGCAUGGCCACCUGGACUGAAGGUCGAAGUUUCAGGACUAUUUCGCUCUUUUAUGAAAAAAAAAAAAAGAUAAAAUACUAAAGAGAAGUUUGUUGAGCAAACUUUAUCCACGGAUACUUCUACUAUCCACCAUUGGUAGGCGACCUUGGGAAGUUACC